CCAGAAGGCCUCAUACCAAUGGAGAGUGUAUUAUUUGAUUAUAAACCCAUGACCAUUCCCUAAAUUAACCAAGGGACACUUUCAUUCAAUACUUCCCCUCGAACAAAGUACGCCUCUCCUUAAUCGAGGCUCGACUUCUUUGGAGUCAUAGUUAUUUUUUACUGCCUUCGAGGAGGCUUGACUCUUUUUUUUUUUCUUUUUGGAGUCCUUUGUUCGACAUUCGAAGAUUUGUCAAUCUAUUGGCAUGGGACAAUAGAUUGACAAACACUCGCUGUCUUUAUUAAGGAACCAAAUGCAUGUAUGUAGGUCAUCUUCAUCGGGAUAUUCUCUAUUAUGUUAUGCUAGUAUGGAUGUGUACAUUCGAGUUUUAUGUUUGUGGGCUUUUCUUUUUCUGUGGUGUCCAGUGACGUGUAAUGUGUUGGGCCUAACUAAGUCAGGCUAAGGGGUACGCAUACAAGUUUGCAUAGUGGGUUCAUGUGUGCGUACGUGGGGCUGUGUGGAGAAGUACUGCACAUCAACCUUGCCUGAAACUGUAAAGCUAAGGUUAUGUUACGAUUUUGAAAGAUAAGUCUCAACAGGUGUGUUAUUGUAGAGGGAGAGUGGAUGUGUUGAUAUUUCUAUGGACUAUAAGGAAAGUACAUGACGACCUUACCCGAAGCUCGUUUCAACUAAUCUAAAGGAAGUUUCGACUUUGGAAAAUGCAAUCUCUUCGGUCGAGUUUCUAUUUACUGCUCUUUCCAUAUCUUUGGUAAUUUAUUUGAUUCAUUAUAAAUAGAAAACUUUUACCGCGGGUGUGAUGGUUUUAAUAUACUCCAUGAUAUUAGAGCCCCUUCGAUUUCUUCUCUAUGGCUUCCAAAUUCUCUUCUCAUCUUCUUCCUAAUCCAUAUAAUCACCAUCAAACUUUCUUCCUCCAAUUAUCUUCUUUGGAAAAGUCAACUUCUCCCUCCUCUUGAGAGUCAAGACAUGUUGGGUUAUAUUGAUGGAACUAUUGUUUCACCACCUCGCUUUGAACCAGAAACCUCCUCAACACUCAGCACCAAAUAUGCAGCUGAUCAACGACUUCUUUGUCUUCUACUCUUUUCUCUCAUUGAGGAAGCCAUUGCUGUUGUCGUUGGUCUGUCUACUGCACGUGAUGUUUGGCUCGCGUUGGAGACUACGUUCAGCCAUUAUUCGAAAGCUCGUGAAUUGAUAUUCAAGAAUAACUUGCAGCUAAUGAAACGCGACACCAAACUUGCUGAUUUAAUCUUUAAAGGUGAAAGUUUUGAGUUGUUUCAGCGCUCGCUUGAGUCUUCUAACUCAACUCCUACGACAUUCACAACCACUAAUCGUGAUCGCACCCAUGGAAGUCACACUGAUUCUUUUUGCCACCAACGAGAUCGUUCUCAUUCACACAAUAACUCUUCCAAUCGAGGACGAACCCACUCUGGCCAGGGUCGUCGGCCACCUUGCUGCCAAAUAUGUCGCAUGGAGGGCCAUUAUGCUGACCGCUGCAACCAACGAUACGUUCGACCUGAUUUUUCUCAUGCUUACCUUGUUGAAGCCUUCAACACUUCCUGUUCUAUUGCUGGACCCGAGGCUGCUCAUUGGUUUUUGGACACUGGGACUUCAACCCAUAUGACUACCGAUCCAUCUAUUUUGGACCAGUAAAAAAAAUUACACAGAUAAGGACUCUGUGAUUGUAGGAAAUGGUGCAUCCCUACCCAUUACCCAUACUCGUACUCUUUCUCCUGUUCCAAAUAUUCACUUAUUAGAUGUUUCAGUUUUACC